AAAAUAACCAUUUGCUCCACCGUAACAUCAGCAACAGCUCCUUCCAGACAGCAUCUUAACAUAAAGGACCUGAACUGAGCUGAGUUGAGCUGCCACCGCAUCUCAUGUAACCGCGGUAUCUUGUGUUUCUUGAAGCUAGGGCCUUUUCUUAGUGCAUCUUCUUCUCUUCUGCAAUAAAGACUUCCCACUUCUGGUAAAUCUUCUCUCUUAAACACAACACAACUCUUUGACAAGGCUGAGGCUCCCACUCAAAGUUGUUCAUUUCCAUUUUCUUUCAGCUGAUCAAUCUCUUUCUUGAGUACCCGUUUUGUAUUUCCUCAGCAUCGUGUUUGAAAGGUUUGAGCUUUUUCGCCACAUUUUUUAUUUGUAUAAACUGGCCAAGAAAAAAGUCCAAAUUGGUGUUACCGCGUUGAAGAAGCCGACAGAAAUCGGGCUUAUCACUUUCCCUUCUCUUUCUUUUUGUUGGCUACUUCUUGUUUGGUAAGGAGUAGAUAGCCAAAGUACCUAUUUUGACUGAGUUUUCAAAGUCCGCUUUUGCCAUUGCUGGAUAGAAUAUGAGUUGGGUUCUUGAUUAUUGAUGCUGAUGGAAUAAAGAUCCCCAAAUAUCCCAUCUGGUGAAACCCUUCUAGAAUUUUAUGUUAUGCUGUAGAAUUAGAAACUUCUUUUGGGGUCAAACGGGGCUAAAGAUUUCAGAUUGUAUUGUUGUUGAUUAGUUGGUUUUGGUUUUGGUUUGGUGUCGUCGAGUUGGCAGCUUGGCAUGCUGGUUUCAGUUUCUGUGGUUUCUUGGAAGAUAAAACGCUUACAAAAAGCAUAGGCGCUUGGUCUCAACUUGUAUAAUUUGGUUCAAUAUCACAGGUCUGGUCCUAGAAUUCUUGAAUUUUAAGCUUUGAAUAUUUCCAGUUACAACUGACCUCAAUCAAGAAAGAAAGAUGGUAGGAACUACCGAAGCAACGGGCCAAAAUGUCCAUGCAAAUGGCUUGAUUCAUAACUCCAAUGGUUCUUUAGAAGAGAAGCUUGACGAGCUUCGGCAUCUCAUGGGCAAAGCAGAAGGCGAUCCGCUAAGAAUUGUUGGUGUUGGGGCAGGUGCUUGGGGUAGUGUAUUCACUGCUUUGUUGCAGGAUAGUUAUGGUCACCUAAGAGAUAAGGUUCUGAUAAGAAUAUGGAGGAGACCUGGAAGGGCAGUUGAUAGGGCCACAGCUGAGCACUUAUUCGAAGUGAUCAAUUCAAGGGAGGAUGUCUUGAGGAGACUGAUUAGGCGGUGUGCGUACUUGAAGUAUGUAGAGGCAAGAUUAGGUGAUCGGACUCUGUAUGCAGAUGAGAUUUUGAAAGAUGGCUUCUGCUUGAAUAUGAUUGACACUCCGCUUUGCCCUUUAAAGGUUGUUACUAACUUGCAGGAAGCUGUGUGGGAUGCUGAUGUUGUGAUUAAUGGCUUGCCAUCAACGGAAACUCACCAGGUGUUUGAGGAAAUUAGAAGGUAUUGGAAAGAGAGAAUAACAGUGCCCGUAAUCAUAUCCCUGGCAAAGGGUGUAGAAGCUGAGUUGGGGCCUCAGCCUCGCAUAAUAACUCCCACCCAGAUGAUCAAUCGAGCUACUGGAAUCCCUAUAGAGAACAUUCUCUAUCUUGGAGGACCAAAUAUCGCUUCAGAGAUUUAUAAUAAAGAAUAUGCUAAUGCUCGAAUUUGUGGGGCUGAAAAGUGGAGGAAAGCAUUGGCAAAGUUUUUAAGGCAGCCCCACUUUAUUGUGUGGGACAACGGUGAUCUUGUUACUCAUGAAGUUAUGGGCGGUUUGAAGAAUGUCUAUGCCAUUGGAGCUGGAAUGGUAGCAGCUCUAACCAAUGAGAGUGCCACCAGCAAAUCAGUAUACUUUGCACACUGUACAUCUGAGAUGAUUUUUAUCACUCAUCUCUUGGCAGAAGAGCCAGAAAAACUUGCUGGGCCUUUGUUGGCUGACACUUACGUAACCCUGUUGAAAGGUCGUAAUGCAUGGUAUGGGCAACAGUUGGCCAAAGGGGUACUGAGCCUUGAAAUGGGUGAUAGCAUCAAGGGGAAGGGGAUGAUUCAGGGUGUCUCUGCUGUGAAAGCCUUUUAUGAGCUGCUUAGUCAGUUCAGCCUGAGUGUCUUACACCCUGAAGAAAACAAACAUGUAGCUCCAGUGGAGCUUUGCCCCAUUUUGAGGAUGCUAUAUAAGAUACUCAUCACGAGGGAGUUUCCAUUACAAGCCAUCCUAGAAGCAUUAAGGGAUGAAACCAUGUAUGACCCAAAAGAUCGUAUCGAGAUAGCACAAACUCACGUGUUCUACAGACCAUCACUUCUUGGUCAGCAGCCAUGAUAAAAGAUGUACCAGUUUCCUUACAGUAAUUCUCGGCAGAUGUAAAUUUGAUAAAGAAGUCCAUAGUCUAGGUGCUAUAGUUUAAGGAAGCGCUGCAGUGGAGGUGAAUAACUAGACCAGUCAAGGCAAAUGUCAUGACCUUUGUCAGAGUGUGUUCUUUCAAUUCCUUCAUUUGUUUUUUCCUUUUGUUUUGUGUCAUCCAUUUGUAAUAGCUGGUUCUUAAUGUCAAUGAACUCAAGUUCGGGUUUAAGAAUGAAUUUUGUUGGAAAGUGUCGGUAGCAGCAAUACGUAA